AUGGAAAUAGUUAACGUGGAAGACGGCCAGGCCGAUACGGCGGUGACGAGAAAAAAAAGUUUGUGGUCAAAAAUAAACAGUAGGACGACUUACAGUUAUUUAUUUAAUAUUGCUAUAUCGAUACUGUUAGUUACGUGUUUAGUGUUAGUGUUAUAUUUCUUUAAGGAGUAUUUAAAAACUAUCUUAUACUGGGUGGACGCUCAGGACCCUAAGAUUAUAUUUUUAUUAUUUAUGGGACUCUUUUUAAUAGUAAGUUUUCCCGUGACAAUUGGUUAUCUUGUGUUGAUUAUAACUAGUGGAUAUUUGUUUGGUAUCGUAAAGGGUCUAGGGACGGUUGUGGUGAGCGCAAACUUCGGAGUGGCUGUUGCACAUUUUACUUUAAAAAUGCUGAGGGGUUAUCUGCCUCUCGACAGACUCUUGAAGAACGAAACGGCGAGAGCUCUUCUCAAAGUGAUCGCCGGCCCGCAGGCGCUUAAGAUCGUAUUUUUUGCCAGGCUUACUCCAAUACCGUUUGGUCUUCAAAACACGAUAUUCGCUGUGAGUGAUGUCCGGGGCUGUGGCUAUCACCUGGCCACCCUGCUAGGGCUGCUGCCGGCCCAGGUCAUCAACGUCUACUUGGGGUCAACCCUCCGAUCCAUGCACGACGUACUUCAUGAAUCACACGUCACUGGGUACAUCGUGUUCGCUUUUCAGAUAUUGAUCGGCAUUACACUGAUGGUGUGGGUGGUGCAGAAAGCGAGGAAGGAGUUGACCAUCGCCAUAUUAGCAGCUGAGUUGGGACGCGAGACUUUAUCUACUAGCAGUUCCUCGAGCUAG